GACGCCAGGGGAACAACGGCCAGAAAGGCCAGAAAGAUUGAAAAGCUCCAACGCUGGUUACGCUCCAACUGAAAAAGUGGCGUCGGGACGAAGCUUUCUGCGUGGUUUCCACUUUUUUCUUUUUCUUUCGGUGUCUGUCCCAUUCAAACGGUGCUUCUGCGGCGAUGGCAUAAUAGCCUGAUGCAUUUAGUUUGUGCCAAAGAAUGGAUAGCGAUUCUCUCAAGCUAGAAAGACGAGCCGUGAAGCGCAUCAUCGACGCAAAACUCAAGGCACGACCGGAGCUGGUGGAGAAGGAUGGUGACGGCUGGACCAAGCUGGGCUACGCAGACAACUUUGACCUGGACAUGGCGUCGCUUAGGGACGACGUGGAGCGCAUCCACGUCAGCCGCGUGCCCAUGGACGAGUUUGUCGAGAAGUUCGAGAAGCUGUACAAGCCCGUCGUCAUCCAGGGCGCCACCGACAACUGGAAGGCCCAGUACAAGUGGAACCUGCCCCGGCUGGCUAGGAAGUACCGCAACCAGAAGUUCAAGUGCGGGGAGGACAAUGACGGCUACAGCGUGAAGCUCAAGAUGAAGUACUUUGUGUACUACAUGGAGCAUAACCGGGACGACAGCCCCCUCUACAUCUUUGACAGCAGCUUCGGAGAGCACCCCCGGCGUAAGAAGCUGCUGGAGGACUACCAGGUGCCGACGUACUUUGCGGACGACCUGUUCCGCUACUCCGGGGAGGAGAAGCGUCCCCCGUACCGCUGGUUCGUCAUGGGCCCCGCUCGGUCUGGCACGGGCAUCCACAUUGACCCCCUGGGCACCAGCGCUUGGAACGCCCUAGUGCACGGCCACAAGAGGUGGUGCCUCUUCCCGACCCACACUCCCAAAGAGAUGCUCAAGCUGCGGCCCGAAGACGGGGGCAAGCAGGGGGACGAGGCCAUCACCUGGUUCCGGAUGGUCUACCCCAAGACCCAGCAGCCCUCCUGGCCCCAGGACUGCAAGCCUCUGGAACUGGUGCAGAAGCCCGGGGAGGUGGUGUUUGUGCCGGGCGGCUGGUGGCACGUGGUGGUGAACCUGGACCACACGAUAGCCGUGACACAGAACUUCUGCAGCCGCACAAACUUCCCUAUCGUCUGGCACAAGACCGUCCGGGGCCGGCCCAAGCUCUCACGCAAGUGGUAUGCCUCCCUCAAGGAGCACAGGCCAGAGCUGGCUGCGGUGGCAGACCAAGUGGAUGUAUCUCGCGAGUCUGGAGUCGCCUCGGACUCUUCGUCAGGCUCGAGUUCGUCGUCGUCAGGCUCCUCGUGCUGCUCGAGUUCCGACGACGACGACUCCGGCAAAGAGAGCAUCGGCGACCACAAGCGGAAACGAAAGCGUUCGUCAAGCAGAGAAGACCGCCAAGAUCAGAUGCGUAGCAGCGGCUACAGGUGUUGACAAAGUGUAGGGUAGACAGAAGACAAGUCUGCGUUCCAUGCCAAAAAGAGAUGCCACGACCGAGACACUCCACACAGCAUACGAGACAGUUUCUAUCAAGGGUGUUGUGAACUCCUGUUUAGAAGACGUUUUUGUGCAAAGUAUUCUUUUUGUUUCCCUACGACAAAGGAUUUCAAAGACUCCAUCCCUGAAGACGAGUGCAUCUGGAAAGACGUUUAUAAUAGCAGAUAACUUUUUUUUUCUUUUUUUUUUUUUUUUAAGAAGAGGAUUGUGUUUUGCAUGCACGGAAGUAAGGAGGUCAUUUCGCUGUUGGUAGCAAAUAUACUUACACCAGGUUGCACGGAAUGUGCAGCGAGUUUUAGUGUUAUUUUAAUAUGAUUAUUAUUAUUAUUGUCAUUAUUUAACUUUCGAAGCAUUUACAAUUUGUCAUCAAGACUUGUGGCAGGUGUGAGUGCACACGUGCACAUUUUGAAGUGUAACAAUAAAAAGUGUUGGCUUUGUA